UCAAGAAUCUUUCCUUUUUUCUGUAACUUCUUGAUUUGCAACAACAGAGUACAAAGGGAAAACUCCUGAGUGCAGUUGCCUCAUCAGAAUCUUGUGCCAUUUUUCUCUUCUUCAUCUUCUUCAGCGUUGAGCCAAUCAAGAUAGACAUCAAAGCAGGAAUUUAUCACGCGAACAAGGUCCUCCUUCACAGAUCGCGUUCCCUUCCAUUGCCCGUCGUCCGUCGGAAUAUGCAGACAAACAAGAUUUUACGAAGUUGCCCAUAAUCUUCUCCGCUUGUGAAUCUGAUUGACAUUUCUCAAUUGUAUUGCUGCGAAAAAACCCAAUCUUUACUUUUGGUGCUUCUGCCAAGCUUCAAUGGUCUCAUAGAGCUUCCUAUUCCACUCUCUAUUUCCGAUGACGGAAACCGAACAAACUCCCAAAGCUAACACUCUUGUGGAGAAGGCAUCUGAGGAAACGUCCCUCAUUCUCGUCCGCCACUCCAACCUAAACCAAGAUCCUGUGAAAGAGAGUCGCCGACAACGUUCAAGAAGGAAGCCCAAGAAUCGGCAGUCGGGUAAAGCCACUGAAAUGCCGCAGGCGAUUCUCAAUCUUCAGGACGAGAACUGCAGAGAGUCAGCUCUAAGAAAGCUCAGCAAUUUUCUUCUUGAGAAGCGGGAGCAAGAUCUGGAUAAUUACUACAGUACCGGGUAUAUGUUGUACAAUUCCUGCUGUACAAUGACUAUUUUGCUACAGGAGUUGUUGACAUUUUUCAGAAUGAUGGAUGAUGGGAGCCUUACUGCAAGAGCUUCCAAGCGUUUGGCAAAUGUUCUUACUUUAUUCCAGUGCAUUGCAGCUGGUAAGGAGACAAGGCACAAAUUUGUGAAAUCUUCAAUCCCCAACUUUCUGGUUCCCCUAGUAACAUUUAGAGCUCCUCUGGAGGAAUUUGAGAAUGUUAGAGCUGUGGCACUUUCUGUGAUAGGCAUCCUCUGCCAGGCGAGAGAAUCAAUCAUAAUCCAAUGGGCUGUUGAAAGUAACAUGGUGGAAGUAUGCCGGAUCAGCUUAGAGAUUGGAAAUGAACUCUCCAAAGUGGUAGGAAUGUACGUCAUCGAAACCAUCCUCCAAAAUGACUCAGGAUUGUCCCACAUAUGCAAUCCCAAGUCUAAAUUGCUCAAGAAACUGAUGGCAACAUGGUAUCAACUGGUUACAUGUUUGGAUGUGGAUCAAGGUUUCUCACCUCGUCUUUUGUUUCAUGUAAUUCGGUGCUGUUUCCUGCUAUGUAAAGAUAUGAGGGGAUAUGACGUGAUAAGAGAGAAUCUGCCAGAUCCCAUCUCAAAUGGUUAUUUUGAUCCAAUAAUAGAUGAGUUUCCUGUAAUUGGAAGUUUGCUUCAGCAACUUCUCCUGACGGUUGAUAAGGUUGAUAGCAGAGGAGCUUCUCAACGCGUGAUCAGUGAUGGAUAAUCCAUAGAAAACUCCAUUUGAGGAUUAUUUCUGUGACCAUAAAUGCAAGAACUAGGCAUUUAAUUGCUGUGAUAGAAGACUGUACCUACUGUGAAUAAAAAUGUAUAUUUGAUGGCAAAAAGAAAAAAUGUAUAUUUGAACUGCAACAGAUAGAAAAUUGACUGGAGCUGUUUGUAAAUGUGAAAUUGGUAUAUAACUAGUUUUCUGAUUCAAAA